AAACACUAUAUAGGGCUUUAUAAGGUAAUCUACCACAAACCCGGGCUUUAUCCAAUGUUCUCGUCAGACUCAGGAGAAAUACAUAUCUUUGAUCAAGUCCCGUCCGACUUUGCACGGUGGUACAUAUAGAUAUUGCAUGGUGGGGUGACCAAAUUUCCUGUUGUCGUUCUUUUCUGCCGCGGCCGACAUCUAAAGACUAGAUCUUCAAAAGAGAAAGUUCUCUGCGUGUACGAACGAUUUUGGUGGUAGUCAGAGAAUGGGGCAAAGGGAGGUCGGAUGGAGCGCCGCUCUUCUUGUGUUUGUGUUCGCCCAGUUCAUAACGGUACCGGUGGUCUUGAGCAUUCAAGAUUGUUACACCAGGGUUGAUGGCAGGAUCGUCUAUGAGGGGAUCAACAAUGUGACGGACUUCGGGAAGCCUUGCGAGGCCUGGAGGAAUCAGGCCGGUGGACAGACGCACAACUACUGCCGAGCCCCGCGGCCAGGGGACCUGCAGCCCUGGUGCUUCGUCAGGGCGGACACCGGGAACCUCAUCCAGGCUCGCUGCGACGUGGAACAUUGUACAGAAUGUUAUACCAUAACGGGUUCGGACUACCGAGGAACACAAUCCAAACCGUCCAGUAACGAGUCUUCAGCGGAAGAAUGCAUGUCUUGGACAGACGAGAGCGGCGGAAAGCGGUUCAAUACCAAAGCGCAUCCCGACGAUAAACUGGGACUGGGCGACCACAACUACUGCCGGAACCCUUGGGCGGAAGGACGGCCCUCGCCCUGGUGUUACACCGGGAAAACACCUGCCAGUCACAAACAGUGCCUCAUACCUGACUGUAAAGUUCCAGGGUACCUGGGCUGUAUCGCUGACUCGGACACCCCGCCGCUCCUGUGGAACGUGGUCCGCACCGCCAGCUUCUCGGCACUCACCAUCGCUCACUGUAUAACGUACUGCCGGGACUACGGCACCCAGUAUGCCGGAUUCCGGAACGGGAACCAGUGCAGCUGUAUGGCGGGGACGAGGGAUGUGUACCGGAGUCUACCUGAAGCUGCCGACUGCAACAAGAAAUGCUCUGGAGACUCUCGCCAUUUCUGCGGAGGGACCAACAGCACUGCCCUCUUUGAUACGAGAAUGGGCCAGUGUGGAGGAUGGCGGUACGGAGUAUACGGCACUAUCCACUCCCCAGACUUCCCCAGUGACUACCCAAACGGCGAGAUCUGCUCUUGGUCAAUCAUGGGGCCAGAAAACCACGUACUCAGGUUACAUUUUGCAAUGUACGACAUCGCAGACAGUGAGGAUUAUGUAGCGGUUUGGGACAACAGCACCCGCAGAAGGGUCCUACUCACCCCCAGCAAAGAUGGUUACGUGGUCAACUCUAACCAAGCCGGGCUUCACUUCGUCUCCGACAGCGCUAAGAAUGGUCCAGGGUUCAGCCUGGUCUUCGAAGCUGUUAAGAAGUGCCCCAAACCGGACAUUCUCAACGGAAAUUUGGAGGCGGAUUCCUUCCUGCCCGGACAAUUCGCGAACGUUGAGUGCGCCCCGGGUUUCAAUGUGAUUGGCCCAACAAGGAUCAUGUGUGAGAACGAUGGAACAUUCAAGAAACUGCCUGAAUGUCUCUCUGAGAACGCCACGUUGCCGACCCCAAUGUCUUUCAGCAACAACAAGACCACAGAUGCGUCCGUGGUCUCCACGACACCUCAUCAUUUAUCAACGAGAAGGAACAAGGUACACACCACAGGCACAGGGGAACAGGAAACCACCAUAAUACCUAAAACAGCAGCACCGCCGUCACGUCCUACAACACAAGGACCAGCAAUGACAACCACCAAGGUUACUGCUACUACCACAGCAACCAUGACAUCAUCCAGCGCUAAUAGCAGGCCUUUCAGCACCACGGAGAAACACCACACAGCAGCGCUACAGACUACCGAGUCUUCAGAGCACUCAAAACCAGACUCGUCUUCAGGAAGCACUCAAGAAGCAGGAGACGCUACAAGCACUGUUGUGAUCGGAGUGGUGGUCGCCAUCGUUCUCAUACUCGUCAUCAGUCUUCUCAUCUACAUCGCCUGUGCCGUGUUAGCUGCUAAAAGAGCGAGGCAAGCAAGCCUUGAGAAUGGACGGGCAGACGACGCCGAAGUCAACGUCCCUCUAAACGACCUUGGCAAGGACAGGUGAGCAACGCUACGGAUGAGGAUGAUGUGCAAACUGCUAAGGAUGCUGUGCUAGGAGAAUUGUGACCAAAGAUGGACAUCUUGGUUUCUUAUUCCUCUGCUUUUAGAAGAUAAGAUAAGCCCGGAAUGUUACAGGUUGUUUCUGCUUCAAAUCAUGAUGGCCAAUGCCGGUGUUGUAUUGAGAAAAGUAUUGAGAAAAUAGACAUGCAAAUGUUUAUGUAGCGUUUAUGGAUUAUUAUGAUCGUGUUCAGAACGUGUAUGUUGUAGGAUAUUCUCCCUGAUUGUGGAGAUUGAGUGAGUAUUGGGAUAGGAAGCACAUCCGUAGAAUCAGACAAACUAACGUAUUUAAUGCUAUGGCUGCUUUCAUGUAGAGCAAAACAGUGCCGCUGUGCCAGGUAGUUGUCAGCCGUGUGGAAUAUUUGUUUGUUGCAAAGUCAAAAGUUUGAGAAACUAUCAAUAAAGAACGAACUAAUCGAC